AUGCGUUCUCCGAGCCUCAGAACCAAACUUUUAACCACCGUGCUUGCCAGUCUUGCGGUUGGACGUGCUUACGCCCAGAUCAGCGUCACUGGUUCCUCUUUCGCUUCGAAUAAGUUCGAUGUGAUCAUCAUCGGCGGUGGAACAGCAGGCUUAGUGCUAGCCAACCGUCUCACCGCAGCGACAGGCAAGAAGCAGCUGAGGGUGGGUGUCAUCGACGCAGGCCAUUACAACACUUCUGGAGACCCCCUUAUCGACGUCCCGUACAUGCCCAAUAUUUUCCUCAACGACCCUACGGCGUCGGCCAUCGGUAACCCCGCGUACGACUGGAAUUUUGUCAGUGUGCCACAGAACCAACUCGACGGACAGACGAUUGCAUACCCUCGUGGGAGAGUUCUCGGCGGUUCAUCAGCCUUAAACUUUAUGGCAUGGCAUCGUGGCGCCCGUGAAGAGUACGAUGCAUGGGGCACUGCUUUGGGCAACACCGGAUGGUCGUUUAACAGCAUCCUGCCAUAUUUCGAGAGGGCAGAGAAUUGGACUGCACCGACAACCAAGCUCGUCCCAGAUGCCGACUUUGGAACCCUCGAUGAUUUGGCCGCGGUUAAUGGCGAGGGUGGACCGAUCCAAGUUCGCUACAACACCGUAGUCUUCGACCCAGAGACCAAAUUUACGCAGGCCUGCGAGACGCUCGGAUUCUCCCUAAACAACAACCCAGACGGUGGCAAUCCAGUAUAUCUUCCUGAAUGGGGUAUCGAUGGCUCUGUCGAUAUCGCCACCGGAAGGAGGAGCUACGCUGCACCCGCAUACUACAAUGCCGCCGUCCGUGCCCGGAGGAAUCUUGUUGUCCUUCAGGGUGCGGUUGUCAACCGUAUCGUCUUCGACAAAUCGACAGUAGGAAGCAAAGCCGGCGCCAAAGCCUCUGGAAUAGAAUACUCAGUCAAUGGCCAGAAGUUCACUAUUCCAGUGGGCAAUGCUGAGGUCAUCCUGUCAGCAGGCACUAUCAAAUCACCCCAACUAUUGGAGCUUUCGGGUAUCGGAAACGCGACGCUGUUGAACAAGUUCAAGAUUCCUGUCGUGGUCAAUGCUCCCAAUGUCGGCGAAAACUUCCAGGACCAUACUCUUACCUUGACCGACUUCACCACGAAGGCUGGCGUAUUCACCCUUGACGAGCUGAGCAACAACCAAACCUAUUUGGAAGAACAGAGGAACCUCUACACCACCACAGGACAGGGCGCUUUCACCUGGACGGUGCGCACCUCAGGACCAUGGCCUCUACAGACCUUCAUCGGGCCUGAGGAGUAUGCCCAAAUGCGCGUCGAGCUCGACCAGACCAUCGCCAACAUGACCAUCACUCCUCUCCAGAAGGCCCAAUACGACGUCCUGAGGACCCUGGCCGACGGCGGGAAGACAGGAUUCGUCUCGACCAUCGUCCUUCCCCGUGGAGGCGCGGCCAGCACUCCCGUUCAAGGAGAGAGCUACGUCAGCGUAGGCGCGUUCCACCUGCACGAGUUCACUCGCGGUACCAUUCACAUCAACAGCACUGACCCGUCCGCGGCCCCGCUCAUUGACCCCAGGUUCCUCUCUAUCCCAUGGGAUCUUGGCGUCCAGGUCAACAGCGGUAAAUUCCUUCGUACCAUGGCGGCAACGUCUCCCGCAUCGGACGUCAUCGACCAGCCUGUCACCCCUCCCGCCAGCGUUCAGAGCGAUGCCGACUGGACUGCCUUCGUUCGGAGCACGGUCAACAGCAUUUCGCACCCCAUUGGGACCGUCCCGAUGGCGUCGCAGAAGCUCGGUGGUGUCGUCAGCCCGCGUCUCCAGGUUUACGGUACACGUAACUUGCGUGUCGUUGAUGCUAGUGUCAUCCCGCUCACCGUUGGCGCCUCAAUUCAGCAGACUGUCUAUGCGAUUGCGGAGAGGGCUGCUGACAUGAUCUUGCAAGACCUUAACUAG